AUGCGAGACGUCAUAGGUCUGGUACGGGCAAUAACAGUCAAGGCUCGUUCGUCUGCGAAACGUAAGGAGCGACUCAAAAACCUUCAGACCUGUGCAGGGAGGACAUCGACGUUGACCCUCCUUCUCGAUAUGAAGGUCCGUUGGUCCUCCACAUAUAAUAUGCUCUCCCGAGCACUACAGUUGCGAGAGUAUAUCAAGGAUUUCAUUUACGAGACUGGGCGUGAGGAGCCCGAUCUUGAAAAACGGGCGAAAAUCGAUAAGUUGAUACUAUCUGAUGAUGAGUGGACACUCGUCAAGCUGGUGGUUGAACUUCUUGGGUUCGCCGACUGUGCGCAACAAGCAUUUUCGUACGAUGACUCCCCCACCCUUCACUCUGGCAUUCCUGCCCUUGAGGCUUUGCACAAAGCCUGGAGCAGCCGAGCGAAGCGACCCAAAUACCAGGACUUCACUGAGGCAUUAGCUGCUGCUGCCGAAAAAAUUGAGGAGUAUUAUGAGAAGACUUCCACCUCUCAUGCAUAUACUCUUGUGAUGUUGCUUGAUCCUGAGAAAAAAAUGGAUUAUUUCAAGAAACAUUGGAGCGAAGAACUGCAGAAGGAAGUCAUAGAAUCGGCCGAGGAAAUUGAACGUUAUUAUGAGAUUCAUGGCAAGGGAACCUCUCCGCCUGUCCCAACCCAGACAAGCAGCCAGAAAAAGCUCUCGAAGCUUCUUGAUGAGCUCAGCGAUAGCGACGAUGAGGGACCUACAGUCCCUCCUGCUGGAGCUUCAUCCGCUGACUCUCAGAAACCUUGGUUGCGUGAAUUUAGGCUGUACCUUGAUGCUACGCAUCGGGUCUCUGACGGAACAUCAUUAAUAAAGUGGUGGGGGAUGCAUGCCUCUGAUUUCCCAGUCUGGGCUUCGCUUGCUCGUGACUAUCUCGCUAUCAUGGCGUCAUCCGUAUCAAGUGAGCGUGCAUUUUCCUCUGCUGGGAUUACUAUCAGCAAGCGGCGAAAUCGAUUGAAGGGUGAUAUCGUCGAGGCUCUGCAGUUUUUGAAGUGUCUUUUUCGAAAGGACCUCAUUUUUCGAGAGCAUGCACCAAGUUCUAUUCUUGAGGCUGAGUAUGCUGAUGUUCCGGAGGAUGAUGGUGAUCCUGACUGGGUUGAUGAGAACCCCAAAGCAUGGGAUGGUCUAAUUAUUGAUCUCGACGUAGAUAGUGAUGAUGAAAUUGAAAUAUAA